UAUAUAUAUACAUAUAUAUAAAGUUGGUCUCUGUUUCUCUCUCUAUUUUGUUUCUCUCUCUAAGAUGGGAGGUUCAUCCAUGGUUGUUCACAUUGAGAGGAAGUCAUCAAUUGAGAAAGAGCCACUGACUCUCCAUUUUGAUCAAAUUCAAUUUGCAAGGGAUGCAGCAUUAUCCGUGAUGAAAACGAGAGGCACAGAAGAAGCUUUGAGAAUUUUCACGGAGGGCUUAGAGCCUAUUGUGAGUGGUGCAAUGAAGAAUGGAGAUGCAUUAAUGGAUUUGGAAGAGGAAUGGAUCAACGAACUACGAAUUCCAGGACCAAGGGACAUAGUUUCUGCGCCUUUCUAAUGCCAUUGGAUCGUUCUAAUCUGCAUGUCCACAUUUUGGUGAUGUUUUACAUGCUUUUGAAGGAGUAAAUAUGAUAUGGAUUUACAUUUGUUUUAUGGGUU